AUGCCGUCCGUCCCUCCCCUGAAAUUAUCUCACCGCCAUACGCAGAGUCAGGCGUCGAGCGUCGACUUCGACCCAAUCUCCCCCGGCACGUAUGCUCCGAACCAUUUCUCCCACGGCUCUCCGCGGUCGUCCGCCCCUAAUUCUCCCGGCCUACCCCGCCAACACCAUGCCCAGAGCUUGAACGGAUUUCAGAGGAUGUCGGGCGACUUUGGCGGUGCGACCGACAUGGGUGGGGGGCUGGGGAACCUCGCAGAUGAGCUGGCAGACGCAUGGGAGGAAGAGGAAGGUGGAUACGGGUAUGCGUCCGGACAGGAGAUGGAGAAUGCCCCCGGGGCUUCACAACGUGCGGACCGCAGCGACACCGAAGAUGAAUAUCACAUGGCCAACAGAACCCCCUCGUCGGGCUACUCGUCCGAACGGGGCUCUCUGCACCCACCGAGACCCAGAACGCGGAAUGGUGGCAAUCGGCACCGACGACACGAGUCGCACUAUGACGGGUCUGAUUACGGAAAUGAGUCCGACUUGGAGGAGGCGGAUAUAUCACCCAGUCUGGAGAGUCAGAUGGCGGAGAUCGAGAGCCUGGCUCGGCGUGGUAUUGAGAACAAUGGCAGUGAGAACGACCAUGUCAUUCAAAGGGCCGUCGAAGCUCUUCGAGAUCUCGGUGGUCAGAGUGGCAUCGAGAAUAAUGCAAUGAGACUCAUCACGGCACACUCCUCUAUCACGUCGCAUCUCACCCAUCAAACCCGCACCCUGCAAACCCUCACCCACCCUCUCCUUUUCUCGCCGUUCCCGAUUCUCUCUCCAGAUGCCAUCGAUGCUCUCAUCCCCCUCAUCGACGAAGAUCUCCUACCGAACCUCCCCUACCCAUUCCCUGACCCGUCUCGAUCUCGCCCUGACACGCCUUCGCAAACAUCAUCUCUUGAUCCCCUCGUCUCUCUGCAAACCCUCGUCUCGCAAACCUCCGACAUCACCCUCUCCCUCCGUGGACUGAGCGAUACCCUCUACGAAUCCCGCCAGCUCACCUCAACCGCCUCCCGACGACUUCGAUCUGCACGGGAGCUCGUCGCGGAACUCCGUCGCGAAGAGGAAGGUCGUGAGGAAGGCACGCGGUGGAUCGAACGAGGCGACUGGGAUCGCCGACUGAAAGACCGCGAAGCCGGCCGUGAGUGCGGCGACGUGGUAAGCGGAUUCGAAGCUAUCUGCGGCGAAUGGAGGGAACGACUCUUCGGUGCGGCCGGCGCUGAAGUCGCCGCUGCUUGA